UUUCUGUGAGCAGGAAACUAAACACCCCACGAGUCGCUCACUCGGAAAGACUUAAACGAUCAUAAACAGAAGCGAUCAUGCACGCCUGGGAAACCAGCCAGGUGUCUUGAAAAACGACGGCGUACGAACCCUACCAACUCUGGUGUGGAUGCAGUCUACAGAAUAAAGGAACACAGGAGCAUUAAUCUCCCUUUGACCCAGAUCAUCAAACGAGAGACUCUUCAUGGUUCAUCAAUCUCGUCGCAACAGCAUUCACCAAAGCAUAAACGACUACACCCGGAACCUGAGUGUCCAUCUGAUAACCCCGAUCCCUCAUCGAAGCGGCCAAGAACCGACAAGAAUAGACUUGUUGAGCAUUGGACGCACAACAAAUUCACGUGGCCUAAAAAGCUUUCAGAACCCAACACUAUGGAACACUUUCUUGCCCGACCAAACACCCCAUCUCUUCGCCGGACGAAGUCAAACGGUAGUUUGAUCACUGCGAGCGAAACGAGUUCGCGAGAGGCGAAGAGUAGACCUUACACUAACAAGAACUAUGAUACAUAUCUGGAGACUAAGGGCUGUUUUAUGUAUGACCAUGAUGAUGGUAUUGAUAGCAACAGCAAGUCUACCUGUCGUCAAAUACUAAGCGCAAAUCCCAAGGUUCCUAAGGGAACUGUGUUUGAACAAUGUGCCUUUGAAUCGACAUGUCGAAGGCUACAAAAGAAAAACGAAGCUGGGGUUACUCGCAUCAUAGGUGAAUUAAUCGUUCCGUCAGCAGAGAGUGCAAUCGACCUCAGCCAUGUCACUUUUCCACAUUUGGUGGUUAGCGUGAAUGAAGGCUGGGAUAGCUCGAUUUCCCUAGAUGAGGAUCAACGAUUGCCACCACUUGCACAAACUCCACUUCCACAAUCUCGACAAUUUCGAUUAUCUCGGCCACAGCCCGAUUACGCGGUCGGGUUUCCCCGACAAUGCUUCUCUGAGGAUCAACUGGAAAAACUUGCGCCGUUUGUCGGUGAAAUUGGCGAUAUGUCAUUCUUUAUGAGUACUGCUUACAUGUACUUUCCAUUUAUGACAGUUGAAGUGAAGUGUGGAAAAGCGGCACUUGAUAUAGCAGAUCGACAGAAUGCGCACAGCAUGACUCUCUCAGUAAGAGGUGUUGUCAAGCUCUUCAGGGUUGUGAAGCGUGAAAAGGAGUUAAAUCGACAGAUUCUUUCCUUUUCAAUUUCGCAUGAUCAUCGAAUGGUGAGGAUCUACGGUCACUAUCCGGUGAUUGAUGGAAAUAAGACCACCUAUUACCGUCACCCCAUUCAUGAGUUUAGUUUCGCAGCGCUGGAUGGCAAAGAGAAAUGGACAUGCUAUAAGUUCGUGAUGAGCGUGUAUGACGACUGGGCCCCUUCUCACUUCAAAAGGUUGUGCUCGGCUAUUAAUGAACUACCGGAGAUUAAGCUAGACGUAUCACAGCAUCCUGAAAUAUUACCGCAGCCCGAGCCGGGUUUUUCAGAAUCAACUGGACUUUCACAAGGAAUUGAGGGUGUCGAUGUACAAGAUUCAAGCUUUACAUCUGUAUUGGAAGAGGAAGCCCAGCCAUCUCCCCCCGAUUCACCGGUUCCCCCCUCGGGUCCUCCGCGGGAAAAUGAAGGGAAAUCCUCAGAAGCAUUCAAGUUGCCCCAGAAAAGACGCAAAUAGAUAUUUAGAUAAUCAAAUCGAGUAAUUCCGUUCCAGUGAUCUAUUAUCCCUUCGCUGAACCCUAAAAUUCUAAAUUAUCUCUGCCAUCGAAUGUAUGCCAGAAGGGAAGAACCAUAGCAGAUCAGCGAACCGGACAGCCCGGAAUGAUAUUCACCAACCGGGUGAAGCUUGUGCAACUACUGAAAGAACAGCUCGAUCGUGACCUUGAUCAUACCUACACACCAUUUGGAACUUGUGGAUCGUAUGGUGCACCCUUCAAGAUCACCUGUGCUACAUGGAUAUGCGUCUUGGAUAAGUAUUUUUGAACAACUAAGCGGCUAUUAAUUGCGACCAUUGUCUGUUGAUUUAACUAACUUUCCAUAAAUUAUUGACCUUUCCAAAGAAGAACAAAAAACGCAUGUACGGCAGAAAAUCAAACAAGGCAUACUCCAUCACCCUAUAAUGGAUGACCUGAUAUUAUUCUACCCAACGGUUUGAUAUCACAAAAAAUUAGCAGCAUUGAUAUCUCGAAUACUUUAUCUACCAACACCCAUUUGCCGCCAUUAUAAUACCUAAAAUCUGACAUUAUUCUUGCACUUUAAACAGCGCCGGUAACGCCGGGAAUGAGAUCGCCUUUGCUUGUCACUUCACAUAUUCCGGGGUGCUUCCUUUGACCCUAUUUGGGGAGAAGAACACAAUCGGCGCAUGGUCAACAGUUUGAGGCGUGUUUUAUUCUCAAUUGUUACUCACACCAGAUAGGUUGCCUCUUAUGCCACACCGAUUUGGAAAGCGUUACCAGCUGUUGCAAGAAACAAAAUCACUGGCUGUAAAAGUCCCACUCAGAGAGCAGUUAAAAAAAUUCCAGCUGCAAUCACUCUCUCCCAAGACCUGAAACACUUUGCUGAAAAGUGCAAGGGGAAUCCUCAAUAUUUCUUUCAGUCAAUUAACAGAAACUUUGACCUUCAGUUCUCUCUUGCUCAAUGCUAUAAAUUUCUCACUGAUAAAGAGUUGAGUAAACUGCGGUGAAGAACCUUCUUCAUUAUUUUCACUCACUUGAAGACAAGACUAGAACAUACUCGCGUAUCUUCUGUUGCUUGAGAACUUCUUAUUUUCAUUCUUCAACAUUCAGAUGUUGUUCAGAAUGCAUUAUAUAUUGAUGAAAAUUUUAAUAACUGAGUAUUGUAUUAAGAGAAGAGAGAUUUGAGAGGUUGAUAGCAGCUUGUAAUGAACUUAAUACUCUAUUUAUUCUCUCUGACAUCUCUGACUCUGAUGAUUAGUAAGUAGAUUCUAAACAAUUAAUAAGAACAGUAGAUUGAUAAUUUUAUAGCUGAGAGUAGACUGACUGUAUAACUGUAUUUGAGAUCAGAAUC